AUGGGCAGGGUGAGGUACGGCGCCGGCACCCAGCCGCGGGGGCGGAAGCGGCCCGGGGAUCCCGCCGCCGCCUGCGCAGCCAUCGCGGUGAUGGGCGCGCGGCGCCCCCCUUUCCACGUCCGCGUGGGGAGCCACGCGGCGGGAAGGAAGCCCGCGGCGGCCAGGCGGGAUCCCGCAAGGUUGCGGCGGAAGCGCUGGUGGCGGCGGGCCCGGGAGGCAGGCUCCAAAGGGCCGCUGCGAUCCCCGAAGCCGCCGGCGCCCGCCGUGUCCCCCGGCGAGAUGGACCUGGGCGCGCAGCGGGAGCGCUGGGAGACGUUCAGGAAGCGGCGGGGCCUCAGCUGCGAGGGCGCCGCCAAGUUCCUGCUGGACACCUUCGAGUACCCAGGCCUGGUGUAUCACACGGGAGGCUGCCACUGCGGCGCGGUCCGCUUCGCCGUCUGGGCCCCCGCAGACCUGCGCAUGGUGGAUUGCAGCUGCAGGCUGUGCAGGAAGAAGCAGCACCGACACUUCCUGGUCCCGGCCUCGCGCUUCACUCUCCUGCUGGGCGCCGAGAGCAUCGUCACCUAUCGAUCCCACGCGCACCCGGCGCUGCACAGCUUCUGCAGCAGGUGCGGGGUGCAGAGUUUCCACGCCUCUGUCUCUGACCCCGGCGUGUAUGGCGUCGCCCCGCACUGCCUGGACGCCGGCACGGUGCGCAGUGUGGUCAUCGAGGAGGUCGACGGGGGCGACUGGGGGGAGGAGGCCGUGAAGGAGCCCAAGGCCAUCCAGAACGCGUCCCCCGAGUGA